AUGGCAGCCUCACUUGAGCAUAUCCCUCGGUAUUUUGCGAAAUCCGGGCCCAUUGAUGCUGAUCCUAAAAAGACGAAAAAAGACGGAGGAGGAAAGGGAAACUGGGGCCGCUCUGGCGAGGAAGUCCAAGAUUAUGAUUAUACCUUCACGAACGCUCGUCGCCAUUCAAACAGCAGUAGCCAAGGCAUGGCGGGUUUUAGAACGAAGUUCGAGACCAUUGAACCGGAUCCAGUCUUUGAGCAUCGCCUGCACGGUCCACGGAAUGACUCUGUCGAGCAUGGUGACUCGACGAUCCACGACCGAAAUGAAAGUGGUCAAACUAACAGCAAUGACAUCUAA